AUUUGAAAGCACAGUAGUUCAACCUCCAUCGCAGAGCUGGUUGAAUACUUGUAUCUGAUUUGAAUCUAGUGGGAGAGAAAACCUAAAACCUGCCGAAGUUUACUGUUGAUUGGCAUAGAGUACAGGUAGUCAGCCGACUUUCAACGGCAGUAGUUGAAAAUCGUUUGAAAGAGCAACAAAAACCAUUUUAUUGGGACAUUUUGACGAACACAUGGCGAACAAACAGUUGAUCGUGGCCGUUGAAGGCACCGCUGCCAUGGGUCCCUUCUGGCAAACCAUCGUCUCUGAUUACCUCGACAAGGGCUUUGUGUAUUUGCAGAAUUCUUGGAGUGUGAACGGGUGCCUGGCAUUGCAACAGCUGUGUUUUAUUCGUGAAAUUCGCUCUAUUGGCGGAAAAAAAUUGAAUGGGGUUGAUGUGAUCGAGAGGCUACGGGUAGGGUUAUUGCUUGGUGAAAUAGAUAAAUUAUGGGCUGUUGAGCGUGGGAAUACUGUCCCAGGACAUCAUUCCCAACACCCUGAAUUGGUGGACAAAAUUGGGUAUUGGCUUCUUAUAUAUGUGUUGAAGAGAACAAUUUGGUUUGAUGGCCGUCCAGUAAAGGAAAUCAAGAUCAUGUAUUUUUGUGGAAAUGAGUUGGCAGGGCAGAAGCAAUCUGCUCCCAUUGUCGAGCUGUCUCUGGUCAUGUUUAAUGCUCAUGGAUCUUACAGUGGUUGCCUAGUACAACGGAGUGGCUGGACAAGAGAUGUUGAUAUUUUCUUUCAGUGGCUUUCAGCUAUACCCUUUGCUGGUGGUGGUUUCUGUGAUGCCGCAAUUGCAGAAGGGCUUGCUGAAGCUUUAAUGAUGGUCUCUUCUCCAAGCGGAAGCCAUGCUCAACAAAAUACAGAUGGGAGGCAUUGCAUUCUUGUCGCUGCAAGUAACCCUUAUCCCUUACCCACACCGGUUUAUCGACCACAACUGCAGAACUCAGAGCAGAGUGAAAACAUAGAAUCACAAGCAGACAGUCGACUAUCUGAUGCUGAGGCAGUUGCUAAAUCAUUUGCACAGUGUUCUGUUUCUCUGUCAGUUAUUUGUCCAAAGCAACUUCCAAAACUUAGAGCAAUCUACAAUGCGGCAAAACGCAAUCCACGGUCAGCAGAUCCGGCUGUUGAUAAUGCUAAAAAUCCUCAUUUUCUUGUCCUAAUCUCGGAGAAUUUCAUGGAGGCUCGUGCUGCUGUAACUCGGACUGGAUUGACUAAUUUGACAUCCAAUCAAAGUCCGGUAAAAAUGGAUGUAGCUUCAGUUCCUUCGGUUUCAGGGCCGCCUUCAACUACUAUUCCUUCAGUUAAUGGAUCCAUCGUGAAUCGGCAACCAAUUUCCAUUGGAAACAUUCCUCCUGCAACUGUCAAACUUGAGCCAAGCACUGUGACUUCCAUUGCAUCUGGAUCUGCUUUCAUGCAUAUUCCAUCUGUUCCUCGUGCUGCUUCUCAAGCAGUUCCAACUUUACAGACUUCUUCACCAAUAUCGGUUUCUCAGGAGAUGAUCUCGAAUAGCGAGAAUGUGCAAGAUAUGAAACCUAUGGUUAGUAGUAUGACACAGUCCUUACGUCCUGUGGGUGCUGCAGCAAACGUGAGCAUUCUUAACAACCUCUCUCAAGCACGGCAAGUGAUGAACUCUGCAGCUUUAACAGGAGGAACUUCUAUAGGACUUCAACCAAUGGGUGGAACUCCUGUUGCCAUGCACAUGUCAAACAUGAUAUCCAGCGGAAUGGCAUCUUCAGUGCCUGCUGCUCAAACUUCAUUAUCAUCUGGACAAUCAGGGAUCCCAUCAAUGUCUGGCUCAGGGACACUAACAGGGAGUGCACAGGUUGCACAAAACUCAGCUCCUGGUUCAUUCAAUUCCUCAACUACUACUAUGCCAGGGAAUUCAAACCUUGGCAUGUCACAGCCAUUGAGUAAUCAUCAGGGAGGUGUCAGUAUGGGGCAAUCGGUACCUGUCAUGAGCCAAGGAAACCUUUCAGGGGCACAAAUGGCACAAAGUGGAAUGGGGAUGAAUCCAAACAUGAUGAGUGGCCUUGGCCCAUCUGGUAUAUCUGCCGGAACAGGCACAAUGAUUCCUACUCCAGGAAUUCCUCAGCAGGUGCAACCAGGAAUGCCGCCGCUUGGGAUGAAUAACAAUUCAGCAGCUAAUAUGCCACUGAACCAACAAACAUCAAGUGCAUUGCAGUCAGCACAAUCUAAAUAUGUAAAAGUUUGGGAGGUAAGACGCCAUAACUGCUAGAAAGGAUUGAAGUUGGAUUUCCAAACUGCAGAUUGCAAUGCUUAGAAAUUUACACAUAAAACAUGGUCUUUUAUGGUUAAAAUGCCGGUGUGCAAUUUUAUAUCAUUAAUUUUAAAAUUUUUAUAGUUUCUUACUAUUGGAGAACAUGAAAUAUAAUUGGUAGUAGAGUAUUGGCAUUUGGAUGCAUGUUUUGUACACCUAGGGAUGGUUAAUCUGUGAUACGGAUCCCUGCCAUCAUUGCAAUCCCUGCUGAAAGACCUUAUGGGGAGGAGACUAUGUGUCUAUGCAAUAUUAAUUUGUCGUUUGUGGUUGAUUACUCCUCUGGGAACUUUUAAAUAUGCAUCAACAAGGAUUUGGUUCCAUCUCUACU